UGGCAAGAGUGAUUUGGAAAUGUUUGCUGAACUACUACUUGGGAAGACCAUGAGCCUCUUCGAGGACCAUAUAUGUAUGGCAGGUACGUCCCCCGAAAUGCGGUAUCCAAUGUGUUUUACGUCAUACACUGCUGAUGCCCAGGCAGAUCACCACGGACUAUCCACAUACCUACACUUAUUACAGAGCAUCACAGAACCAGACACCUGUACACUAGAAGCAAGCGUUGGGCCAGCUCUUCGAGUCGAGAUGCUAAUUCUCCACUACUUCCGCUGCACUGCAUGCGGCAACCCCGACCUUCGUGGCAUCCUCAAACUCUCGAGGCCAUUGAUCAAUUCGAGUCCGACACGGUGCUGCUGCAUGCUUUGUAAGACAUCAGGAAAAGUACCUAGGCAAUAGUGUUGAAAUUGCACAAUGCAGAUGCCUCGAUACACCCAAGGGCCCCAAUCUGUCAAGGCUAUACGAGUAAUAUGACAUUACGUCAUAGGAGCGAUAGAAGUAGAAGGGUCCUUGGAGCUCGGUAGCUCUAUGAAUGGUGCCUAGCAGUUUGCGAUCUGCAGUUAAUCACCUCAGAAACGUGUAACUUGCCUGAGUACAUGUAGCUCAGUCCUCUGAUCUGUUGCUUGUGUAGAGGGAAGGAGACUGUGAGAUGCUUUCUACACGCAAUGCAGUUCUGGUACUCCGUAC